UGAAGGUCAAUGUUCUGUGAGUGCUGGAUGUGUAAAUAAGCUGCUAACACGUUACCUCUUGGUACUUAAGGUGAUCGUGUGUCAGUGCUGGUUUCAGUCUGUUGCUCAUUUGGCAUUUCUAAAGUGAUGUUUGGAUGGUUUCUUGGUUAUGAAACAACAUGAUUUUAUAGUGAAGGACUUGGAACUGGUUGUUGUAGUCGUUCUGUGUCCAAGAAAUAUAAACACAUAAAACGCGGUGUGUGUGUGUGUGUGUGUGUGUGUGGGGCCCCUGGUCAAGUCUGCCUUUGUGUUUUUACUGGAUUUCUGUUGUGCCCUUAAGAUCAUAGUUACAUAGUUCAUUACAACAACAGGAAGCGUCAUGAGAUGCUAUGUGAGAAGUUUGGUUGUCACAGUGUAUGACUGAACCAACAUGCACUGUACCUGUUUUUUUCCAUUUGUAAUGUUAGACUGCUCAUUGGAUGGAAACAUUGAGAGGUUAGGUGUCUCUCUGUCAGGUCAGCUGCUGCACACGACAUGUCACUCGCAUGUCCAGUUCAUCUCAGAGGGCAUGUCCGCGAUGAUGUCAUGUUUAGAAACGUAACAAAAGCUUCCUCCACAGUUACUAGAGGUAACACGCAGGAGGCCUGCUGCGUCAUGUGCUCAAACAUUAGCCUUGAGCUGUUUCAUAUUGUAUGCACAUUCCUCGGAGAGUUCAUAUUGUACAGUAUGCACACUGACACAGAGAGUUCAAAAGAUGUGGCUUGGAACCGACAGACAGCACAUUCCACAGUUUCUUUCACACUCUCACUGUGUGUUCACCUCCAUUCCUAGUCUUUGGAACCAUAUCACCAGGUACAACAUUGUAUGCCUGGCUAUGUUUUAUUAGACAGUUGUGUACACUCUAUGAAAAAACGCUGCAUCCUGUUUACUUCACCACUGUGUUUGCACAGCAGGGUGCCAAAACAUUGAACUUUACUCAUUUUAUUUAUUUAUUACUGUUUUUGCAGUGAGUAAAUAUUAGUCAGUUAGUUAAUAGCUAAUGUGUUUUAGUUGACUUUGAGCUCAUUUUCUUCACAUCUCAGACAGAAAUUCAUGUAAAACAAGUUAUAUGUAAUUCUUAGCAAUAUAUUUAUAUUAAAUCUAAAUGUUUAAUAUUGAGAUACCAUGACAUCAACAUCAAAAUCGAUUCCCUAUCUCCUGCCCCUACCGAGAUGGUAGCGAGAAAGAGUAAUGAUAGAUAGUUAGUCAUCUAUCAUGAUUCCAUCUCUAAUCACGUUGGGUUGCCCUGCCGUGCUGCUUUGUGCUUCACAACAUAAGAGAAAUCAGGCCUUACCUGACUGAACAUGCUACCCAACUCCUGAUACAGGCUGCGGUCAUCUCGUGACUAGACUACUGUAACAACCUCCUGACGCCUCCCAGCCUGCACAGAAACAUUCUCAGAUGAUCCAGAACGUGUUGGCACGCCUGCUUUUCAAUCAACCCAAAAGGUCACGUUACCCUCUUGCUCAUUGAGCUCCAUGGCUACCCACACUAAAUUCAGAUUCUUAAUGCUCGGUUUCACAGUAGUUUACCCUCCUACUUGAAUGCCCUUAUACAGGCAUGCGUUACCUCCUGACCGUUGUGCUCUGCCAGUGAACGAUGCCUGGCUCUGCCACCUGUACACUCAGGGCAAUUCAAACGUUUCUUGACUGUUGAUGGAACAUGCUACCAGUUCCUACCAGAUCAUGAGCGUGAUGAAGACAUUGUGAAUUCUCAUAGCUUGGCUCGAGCCUCAGCUUCAUAGAUGGAGCGGCUCCACUGGGUGCAGCAUCGCUGUCGGCAGCUGCUGGCGGGAGACUCUGGGCGAGGCUGGUACUCUACCCCCAAUGGCCUUCCCAACAAAAGUUCCCUGGAAGCUCACACCUCCCCACACAGAGUUGGUGGGAAGCGGAGAACAGUGUUUGCACGUCAUGGGCCCCACCAACAGGAGUAUGAAGCCGUCUGCAAAAGCUACAAGGGCAACGCCAUCCGCACUACCAAGUACAGCCUGUUGACCUUCAUCCCCAUGAAUCUGUUCCAGCAGUUCCACAGAGCUGCUAAUCUCUAUUUCUUGUUCCUGGCGUUGCUGAACUGGGUGCCAGUUGUUGAAGCCUUUCAGAAGGAAAUAACCAUGAUUCCUCUGCUUGUGGUUCUCGUUGUUAUUGCCAUCAAAGAUGCCCUGGAAGACUACAGACGUUACCUGUUCGACAAGAAGGUCAACAACAAUGUAGUGCGAGUGUUCUGUGGCACACAGAAAGCCUAUGUUGACCAGUGCUGGAAGGAUGUGCGAGUUGGAGACUUUGUCCGUCUGUCCUGUAAUGAAAUCAUCCCUGCUGACAUGUUGCUGCUGUAUUCCUCUGACCCUCGUGGGGUUUGUUAUAUUGAGACCGCCAACCUGGACGGAGAGACCAACCUGAAACAGAGACAGGUUGUUUUAGACCUCCCAUCUCAGGGAGCAGAGUUCACCCUUGAUAACUUCCACAGUCGCAUCGAGUGUGAGAAUCCCAACAAUGACCUCAGCAGGUUCAGAGGUUACAUGGAGCACCCCAAUGGGGUUCGUGUCGGUCUCCAUAACAACAACCUGCUGCUGAGGAGCUGCACCAUCCGCAACACGGAGACCGUUGUGGGCAUCGUGGUCUACGCUGGUCAUGAGACCAAAGCCAUGAUGAACAACAGCGGGCCGAGGUACAAACGCAGCCAGCUGGAGAAGCGUCUGAACAUGGACGUGCUGUGGUGCGUGCUGCUGCUCAUCGUCAUGUGUCUGACUGCUGCUGUAGGACAUGGCCUCUGGCUGAACAGCCUCAAAGAUCCUCUGUUUCAGGUCGAUGGGGAGACGUCUCCUGCCCUGGCUGCAUUCUAUGUCUUCUGGACUAUGAUCAUUGUGCUGCAGGUGCUGAUCCCCAUUUCUCUGUACGUGUCCAUUGAGAUUGUCAAACUGGGCCAGAUUUACUUCAUCCACAAUGACUUAGACCUGUACAACGAGCAGCUGGACUCCAGGAUCCAGUGCCGGGCCCUCAACAUCACAGAGGACCUGGGUCAGAUCCAGUACGUGUUCUCUGAUAAGACGGGAACUCUGACAGAGAACAAGAUGGUGUUCCGUCGCUGCAGCAUCUACGGGGUGGAAUAUCCUCAUGAGGAAAAUGCUCGCAGGCUGGAGGUGUACGAGGCGGAGAAGAACGAGGUGGCGGCGGUGGAUCGCUCUGUGACUCUGAAGUCGGGCUGCAGUCGUAAAUCUCUGAGCUGUCGCUCCCUCAGCUGCAACCGCAGCUCCGUGUCUCUGCACACACUCACUGCGGAGUCGGAUGAGGAGGACCAACUGUCCAAUCACAUCCAUCCCAGAACCAGCGCCUUCUGCAGCCGCGUGGCGAAGGAGGUCAUACCAGACCCCGAGCUCGUGAGGAAGCUGAGCUGGCUCUGCUCUCCCAUGCUGCCUCUGAGUGACAGCUCCUCUGGGACUCCAUCCAACCUGGAACUCACCUACAUCACAGACUUCUUCCUCGCUCUGGCCAUCUGUAACAGCGUGGUGGUCUCCUCGCCCAGCCAACCUCGACAUGUGGUGCCUGAAGCUCGAACGCCUCUCAAGUCUCUGGAGGAAAUCAAGCUGAUGUUCCAGCGCUUCAGCUUCUCUCCUUUCUCAGCGCUCUCCCCUCCGCAGAUCAAAGGCAGCCCUCGCAGCUUCACCAGCAGGCUGUUCUCCCGAGGGAGGACCGGCUCCUCCAACUUCUCCACCCCCCCCAACAGCAACGCCACAAACGAGUCAGAACCAGUCCAAGAAAGCAACUUGGAAAACCUUAACCUGAGGCGUAAACUGGACUUGUCCUCCAUAGUGGAAGCAGGACAUGGUGGACAGGUGGAGGAGAGGGAGACGGAGGAUGAUAUCACGGAGACCAAGACCAACCCUGACGGAGCCAGGCUGGAUGUGGAGGAGCUCACCAAAGAAGUGGACUGUGAGGGCGACUCUGAUGAUGAACUGCUGUAUGAGGCAGAGAGUCCAGAUGAGGCGGCUCUGGUCCACGCGGCCCACGCGUACCGCUGCACCCUAAGGGGGCGCUCUGCAGAGAGCCUGAUGGUGGACCUGCCAGGAAUCGGCUCUCUGACUGUCCAGCUGCUCCACAUCCUGCCCUUUGACUCCAACAGGAAGAGGAUGUCAGUGGUGGUUCGCCACCCGCUCUCAGGACAGGUGGUGGUUUACACCAAGGGAGCCGACUCCGUCAUCAUGGAUCUGAGCGAGACCCCUAAAGGUGCAGAGCAGGCUCAGGAGAUCUACAGCCACAUCCGAGAACAAACCCAAAAACAUUUAGACAGCUACGCCAGAGACGGACUGCGCACACUCUGCGUCGCUAAAAAGGUUCUAGAAGAGGAGGAGUACGAGGUCUGGCUGAAGAGACAGCUGCUGGCGGAGAGCAGCAUCGAGAACAGAGAGGAGCUGCUGCUGGACUCGGCUCAGAGGCUGGAGACCAACCUCACCCUGCUGGGUACCACAGGGAUAUUGGACAGACUGCAGGAGGAGGUUCCAGAGACCAUUGAAGCUCUUCAGAAAGCCGGGAUAAAAGUCUGGGUUCUCACUGGAGACAAACAGGAGACGGCCAUCAACAUCGCCUAUGCCUGCAAACUCCUCCGUCCCAACGACCAGCUGCUGACAGCCAGCUGUGGGAGUAAGGAUACAUGUACAGCUUUACUUCAGGACCUCAAACUGGAAGUGCAGUGUGAAGAUGGCUCGACUGAACUGACUGCAGCUGGGGAUCAUGGGGAAUCAUCGUCAGGCAGCGGGGAUGGAUUCAUUCUGGUUAUAGACGGCCGCACGCUGGACUGGGCCCUGCAGGAGGACCUGAAGAGUGACUUCCUCAAGCUGAGCUGCAGAUGCAGGGCAGUCAUCUGCUGCAGGUCCACUCCACUACAGAAGAGCCAGGUGGUCCGGCUGAUCCGGGACCAGCUUGGCGUCAUGACCCUGGCUGUGGGUGAUGGGGCCAACGAUGUGAGCAUGAUUCAAGUGGCUGAUGUAGGCAUCGGGAUAUCUGGCCAGGAGGGCAUGCAGGCUGUGAUGUCCAGUGACUUUGCCAUCUCCAGGUUCAAACACCUCAGUAAGUUGCUGCUGGUCCACGGUGCCUGGUGCUACUCCCGCCUCGCAAACAUGAUCCUCUACUUCAUCUACAAGAACGUGAUGUACGUGAAUCUGCUGUUCUGGUAUCAGUUCUUCUGUGGUUUCUCCGGGAGCGUCAUGAGCAACUCCUGGGUGCUCAUCCUCUUCAACUUGAUCUUCACCUCCGUUCCUCCUCUCAUCUACGGCGUCCUGGACCGGCACACGCCUGCAGACACCCUGAUGGAGCUGCCUGAACUCUAUCGGGCGAUACAGACCACCAAGGUCUACGUUCCCUACAUGUUCUGGGUCACAGUCCUGGAUGCUUUCUACCAAAGCCUUGUGUGCUUCUUUGUGCCUUACUUUGCAUAUGCAGGAUCAGACGUUGGGGAACUGACCUUUGGCUCUCCAAUCAACGCCUCAGCACUCUUCAUCAUCCUGUUGCACCAAGUUAUCGAGAGUCACACUCUGACGUGGAUUCACAUGCUGGUCUUGGUGCUCAGUGGUGGCUCCUACUUUGGCUUCGUGCUGCUCUUCAGUUUGUUCUGUGUGACCUGUAGCCCCCCCACCAACCCUGUGGGGGUGGAAACACUCCAGAUGUCCCAGCCUCUCUUCUACAUCGUGUGUGCUCUCACCACUGUGACGGCUCUGUUACCCAGGCUGCUGUUUCGAACUCUGUACAACACCUUACACAGAUCAGCCCACAUGGACCAAACGGAUUCAGAGAGGUAUCGCAAGAGAAUGCAGCGCUGGAACCAGAGUCACUCCAGAGCCAACAGGGUGCCGGUGUGUGCUGACAACCCCGCCCUGGAGCCCAGCACAGCCUCAGUGGUGUCGUGACCUCUGUGUACACUCACACACACUUUAGACUUUCUGCUGAUGUUGACAUGCUGGAUUCAAGUGACAGAAUGGAUACUUUGUAUGGAUGCUGCACUCACCAGCUAUUUCACAGCUCUGCUUCAACAGCCGAACAACUCCUGGAGAGACUGAGAGCUAUGAAAAGAAAACCAUGUUUUAUUUGAACAUGAAGCUGUGAAAUGUCAAAUACUCAGAGACAAUACUGUCGUUAUAGGAGUCAACAUUUGUCAUGAAGGUAUGACAGCAAUCUCUAGUGGCCUUUGGUGCGUGCUACAGCUAAGAUGUUGAUCCACCACAACGCAGGACUGAUCAGCACACUGUCGAGGCUACAUUCACACUGCAGGCGAACUGGACCAAAUCUUUGUCAUUCUGUCUGGAUAUUCAUGAUCAUGUUGUUGGAAGACUGCUGAACUGGAAGUUUCAUUGCUUCACUUUCAUGUCGACAAGUGUCACAGCUGUUCUAUUGGGUUAUUGGGUCAAAUCUGAUCUUAAUUAUAUUGAACAUUAAAGCUGUAGUUUCUAUGUGCCCUGCGAUAAGCUGGUGACUUGUCCAGGGUGUACCCCGCCUCAUCCAAAGUCCAAAGUCAGCUGGGAUAGACACCACGGUGACCCUGAUGAGGAUAAGCCAUGACAAAUAAUGGAUGGAUUAAAGCUCUAACUAGUGAUUUUUGACCACAAGGGGGCAGGAAUAUUCAGAAACCCAAACAAAACAGUCUUCACAUUGACUUCAAACAACAACUUCUACAUCAAGGAGUUAGUGCAACAUCAGCAUCCCAUCAGAGCGGUGUAUCCACCAGAUGAAGAGGAGUCACUCUACUCUUUAGCUCUGCUUUGGUCUCUGCUAGAGUUGUAACGUAUGAUUCCCUCAAACUCCCAUCGUCAAAUACUGUCACGUCAUCGGGUACUUCUAUAUAUAGUACUUUCACUCAGGAAACCGCUGUUUGUGUCCCCUGUGCAAAAAGAAGUAAACACUGACUUCUUCUACUUCAGGUGUGUAACGGUAUGAUCUCCUAAAUCUAAUCAAAGUGCGAGCAUUACAUGGUGUUACCACACAAGCUUUAUUUUGAAAGUCUAACUAAUAAAUAAAGUCUAACUGCAUAUUUAUUCUCACAAAGUUGACCACAGAGACCUGUCCUGUCCAAAUACAGCACUAGUGGGGCACCUACAGUGUUAUAUUUUGCAGCGUAUCACUGAUGAAUCAGCAGUAUUUGUCGAGUUGGAAGUGACAAUGUGUGACUCGAACGCAGCCUGUGUGCUCAAGAACCAGAAAGAAUCUAAACACUAACAUACUACAGAAGGUUUCAACCCUGAACAGGGUUGCUCGGUUGUCAUGGAGACAGGGACACUUGUUGAUAUCAAAUGUGUUGCUAAACUGCAGUGUGGAUGGAGCCUUAGAGAUUCCUUGAUGGCACAAAACAGGAAGGUGGUGCCAUUCUUCCAUUACCACCGAAGCCUUCAGCCUCCACGUGACGGAGGCUCUGUGAAUACUAUUUUGUUUGUUUUUCUGUUUCUUGUCUCAAUCACACUAUGGAGCCUUUAACACUGCUGUCUUCUUAAUCCGUAGCUGACACAGUUUGCUGAUGAACAAACUCACUGGUGCGCUUACAGUUGUUGGAAUGUGUUUACAGACGGUGAAGGGUUGGACUGACAGACUUUGACUGAGAUGUUACAACGAGCAGCCUGUCUUUGUUUACCUGCUGCGUCGGUGACACCGGAGCACAUGAGUCAUGCUGACUUGAUUUUGGACUCUGGUUGAGUUGCUGCAAUCAACAUUCAACGAAGGCUGCGGUUGUACAUCUGUACAUGAAGGACGUGGUGAUACAUCAUGGAUUGAAGAAUUGAUCAGGGUUGACUGAGGAGUCGUAGUCGUGGGCUGAGCUGCACUAACAAAUGAACCUCAAUGAUGAACAAGAUCAGGUUAAAUGUGUCGUUUAUUUAAACAUAGAAGUCGAUUAGUCUAUCGUCUAUAUUAGAUGAUAUUGACAAAGCCAACGAACGCACCAAAGAAUCGCGUCUGUCACGCUGUAUUUGCAGGCUUUACCUCCUUGUGUUUACUGUACUGUUUAAAUGAUCAUGUCAGUUAGCAGACUCUAAAAACAUGCUUGUGGUGUAAAGACCAAGUCUGCAUGAGUUGCGUUACUCUUCCAUGGUGAUGGAAUCACAUGAUUUGAACAGUCUCCGCUGCAUUUCCUCUGACUGAUGAUAUUGUACAAAUAUGAGUGGAAGCUGAAUGAGGCCUGAAAACAUAUUAAACAUUAAAACACUUUAAAAUGAUGUAACGUAUACGUGGACCCUGGUCCAGCCUUGAAGUGUAAAACCCUGUUCAAGUCAUAUUGCUUUAUAGGGUUAGGGUUCAAACCAAAUGAAGAAAACAAAGCUCAUUUCAUUGAGUCGUUGUUGGUGCAGCCCAGCAGAGGAACACUUGAUUCACUCACAGUACUUUCAGACGUCCACCUUAAAGACUGCUAGGCAGUAAAGUCUGAUGAGGAUUUUUUAAAUAUAUUGUUAAUGUUGUAUUUGAGUUGUUUUGUUGAAUGUAUGACUGUUUGCACUGUUUGACAUGUUGCAAUAAACUGAUAGUUGCUCACAU